AUGGGCUUCGGGUCCUUCGAGUCGAUAUGCAGACAAUCUGCGCUACCUCUUUGUUACAUCCUGGGUCCUCCCGCCGAGUUUACAACAGCCAGAAACCCUGUCCUGCUGCCGGGAUGCAGUGCGCGAUCCAUCGAACUAGGCAACACGAUUAUUUUCCAAGCCGCCACCGAUUUUGCCCAUAUUGCCGCCCUCUUCAUGACCGCCAUUAUGAUCUUCCACGUCCGGUCUAAAUUCACAGCGGUCGGGAGAAAAGAGAUUUUGACAUUCUUUUACAUAUACAGCCUGUUGACCAUCGUCAGCCUGGUGCUAGACGCAGGCGUGAUCCAGGCAACAACUGGGAGUGCCUAUCCCUGGUUCGUGGCGGUGCAGAAUGGCCUGGCCACCGCGUUGUGCACGAGUCUGUUGAUCAAUGGGUUUGUUGGGUUUCAGCUGUACGAGGACGGGACCACACUCUCGGUUUGGCUGCUGCGCCUCGUUAGUCUGGUCAUGUUCAUUAUCAGCUUCGCCGUCAGUCUGCUCACUUUCAAGAACUGGGCCGGGUUGUCGCCGACCAACACGACGGGGCUGUUCAUCGUUCUGUACAUCAUCAACGCCAUCUUUCUCGCGGUAUAUUUUGUCAUGCAGGUCAUCCUUGUUGUCAACACUUUGCAGGAUCGGUGGCCAUUAGGUGACCUCGCUUUCGGAGCAUUUUUUUUCAUCAUCGGCCAAGUCAUCCUAUAUGUGUUUGGCAAGAGAAUCUGCGAGGGCAUUAGCCACUAUCUGGACGGCCUGUUCUUCGCCACAGUAUGUAACCUACUGGGAGUCAUGAUGGUGUACAAGUACUGGGACAGCAUCACUAGAGAAGAUCUCGAAUUCAGUGUCGGCACAAAGCAAGGCCAUUGGGACGUCAAAGAAGCCCUCCUCGACCCUUCGAGUGAAGACUACCGAACGAGUCUUUAUGGAGGUGGCAACGCCCCUACAGGCAGGGAAUCCGUGUACGAUGCCAGCAGCAUGAGCAUGGACUAUGCGCCGCAAGUGCCGGCGCACUUUCAUCAACAUCCUUCGAUUGGCCACCAAUACGGCAGCCAGCAGUCUCACGGACAGAGUCACCACUACUCUUCAAGCCGAGAUCGGUUGUCGGCCUACGGACAUUUGACUGAAGGAAGACAAAGUUAUGGAGACAUCAGACGACUGGGGAAUUAUGAGGACUACUCGGAGGCGCAGACGCAGCGUUCGGGACUGAGGAGCCGUGACGGCGCGAGAGAACGGGAAAGGGAGUACGCCUAUUGA